GAGCCGCGGAGGGAGCCGCGGAGAGGGGCGCGGGGAGCCGCGCAUCCCGGAGUCCGGGACAGGGUCGGCCUCCCCAAUCCAUGGAACGCGCUCCAGGCCACCGCUCUCGGAUGUGACGGCCCCGGUGUCUCAGCGGCCGGGGGUGCGGGGGGGAGCAUCUGCAGACCCCCGGGGUCCCUAUGGGGGUGACCACCGAGCCGGCCUGCCCGUCGCCUCCGUCUCCCGCCACUGAGAUUAUGCUGGGAGCCCACGGUCUGGUACCUGGAGCCCACAGACUCUCCUCGCUCAGCAGGCCCCGUGGCUGUUAGCAGAACCACCGACGCCUUCCUCGACCCCCUUCCCCCGGAUAACCCCCUCCCGCUAGGAGACCCCCGGCCCUGGGAAGUUACUAUGCAGCUUGGACUAUUUGCAGUGCUGGUGAUCCUGAACUGGACGGCCUUAGCUGCAGGCAGCAAAGUGGCAAAGGGGAAGAGGCAGAGGCGAAUCAGCACAGAGGUGAGCCAGGGCUGCGCGAAGGGCUGCGAGCUGUGCUCUGAGUUCAACGGCUGCCUCAAGUGCUCCCCUAAGCUCUUCAUCCUGCUGGAGCGGAACGACAUCCGGCAGAUCGGGAUUUGCCUGCCGUCCUGCCCUCCGGGAUAUUACGACGCUCGCAACCCUGACAUGAACAAGUGCAUCAAAUGCAAAAUCGAGAACUGUGAUGCCUGCUUCAGCCAAAACUUUUGCACAAAAUGUAAAGAGGGUCUGUACCUGCACAAGGGUCGCUGCUACCCAGACUGUCCCAGCGGCUACUCCGCAGCCAAUGGCACCAUGGAAUGCAACAGCCCUGCAGCACACUGUGAAAUGAGUGAGUGGAGCUCAUGGAGUCCAUGCUCCAAAAAGAAGAAACUGUGCGGCUUCAGGAAGGGCACGGAGGAGCGGGCACGGCGGGUCCUGAAUGCCCCUGCAGGGGACAGGUCUGGGUGCCCGGUUGCCCGCGAGGUCCGGAGGUGCACAGUACAGAAGAGCUUGUGCCCUGAAGGGGCCAAGAGGAGGAAGGAUGAGCAAGGCAAGAGGGAGAACGGCAAUGGGAACCAUAAUAGGAAGGAGGCCAAGGAGGCCCGGUCUGGCUCCAGGAGGCGGAAGGGGCAGCAGCAGCAGCAACAACAACGAGGGACGGUGCUCCCCGUCACACUGGCUGGCCCUGAUUAACUGAUGACUUAUCAAUUUGGGGCGAGACCUAUCAACGGCGAGAGUCCAAUGCUGCUAUGUAUAUGAAAGCUUUCCUGAACUGGAGCACCGAGGACACACUCCCCCAGAGUCUCACACAUACACAUCGUCAAAGACCGCAGACCCCUGUGGAGGCACAACUUGAGAUGGGAACACAGAGAGACCUAAACACACACAUACACAACUGAGGACACACUCCCCAAGAGUCUCACACACACACCGUCAAAGACCCCAGACCCCUGUGGAGGCACAACUUGAGAUGGGAACCCAAAGAGACCUAAAUGCACACACACACCCUGUCUCUCUUUCUUUGUCUCUUGCUCUGUCUCUCUCCCUCUUUCACACUUCAAGAAGGAAAACGAUCCAAGAAACAAGUUUCCCCUCGGACUUCACGGUGUGAAAACAAAGGGGAAAAUGGUCUUCACUGCAAAGAGAAGGCAGUGAGGUCUCCAUUCAGAUUGCUGUUCAGCACAGACGUUGAGGAGAACACUCUGUCGAGAAGCAAAACCAAACCCCAGGCCGACGAGGCCUUGGCGGAGGGACAGAGCGGAGGGGAACUGAUUGGGUGACAGCAUGGAAGGGUCCAGGACCGCCCGGGGAAGGUGUUACCACAGCCCUCCCGCCCGCUAACCCUGUUCAUUUUGUGUUUUCGGCUCUAUGACGUUAUCCUUGAAGAAUAUAUGUUAAACGUUUGUGGUAAGAUGUCAGGGAUGACGACCCUGAAAACUGCUUAAAGAUUUUAUUUCAAAUUAAAAAAAAAAAA